AAAGGGAAAUUAGGGUUUGCAGAAACGAAAGCGUUGAGGAAGAAGAUGUCGUACCUGUUGCCUCACUUGCAUUCAGGCUGGGCCGUUGAUCAAGCCAUCCUCGCCGAAGAGGAGCGACUCGUCGUUAUCCGUUUCGGCCAUGAUUGGGACGAAACCUGCAUGCAGAUGGACGAGGUUUUGGCGUCGGUUGCAGAAACGAUAAAGAACUUCGCGGUGAUAUACCUUGUGGACAUCACGGAGGUGCCAGAUUUCAACACGAUGUACGAACUGUACGAUCCUUCGACGGUGAUGUUCUUCUUCAGGAACAAACACAUCAUGAUUGAUCUUGGCACUGGCAACAACAACAAGAUCAAUUGGGCGCUUAAGGACAAACAAGAGUUUAUCGACAUCGUUGAAACUGUGUAUAGAGGUGCCAGAAAGGGUCGCGGUCUCGUCAUUGCUCCCAAAGAUUACUCCACCAAAUACCGUUACUAGUUUCCUUUCAUCUGUAAAAUCAUUUGCCAAAACUAUUUCAGCUUCUGCCUUCUAUCGUUAGUUUAUGUUAUUCGAACAGUGAGUCACUCCUAUCCUGUGUGAUGGAUCGUAUGUAAUAACUCGUGACCCAAAAGAUGAGGUUCUUCAUAUCGUUAUUUACUGCAUCUUCGUUCAUCCCUUGAAACUAAGGAAUUUAGUUCUU